CACGUGACAUCCAGUUCAACCUGACAUCCGCCUGGUUGCUGCAGCUGAGUUUGUUCGGGAUUUUUGUUUAGUCAUAUGCUCGCUAUUCGACAGUGUAGUCUUAAACAUGUCAUUUUGCUCGUUUUUUGGGGAAGAGUCCUAUAAAGACCACUUCAAACCUGGUAUUUAUGUGUGCUCCAAGUGUGACCACCCCCUGUUUUCCAGCCGAUCGAAGUACGAGCAUUCCUCCCCCUGGCCUGCCUUCACGGAAACCAUCCGUGCAGACAGUGUCAGCAAGCACGAGGAGAGGCCCACCGCCUUCAAGGUGGUCUGUGGGAAGUGUGGCAGUGGACUGGGUCAUGAAUUCAUAAAUGACGGUCCGAAAGAAGGGAAGUCUCGCUUCUGAAUAUUCAGCAGCUCGCUGAAGUUUGUCCCCAAAGAUAAGGUUGACCAACAAUAAAGCGAGUUGAUUUGAUAAAUGCAUCUUGGGAAGGUGUUUAUUCGCACCGCUCUCAGGUGUGGACCGCUCAUGACGUGCGAUGGAGAAAGUCUCAUCCAGUGCACAGAUUCGUACCAGGCCACGCUGAGGAAUGAGCACUGGCACCCUGGUGUUGCAUCACUUUCAGAUGCAAAAUUGUGUGGAAUUUCACCAAUAAUGCUAAAAAUUUUAAAACGAAUGUGGCUAGAGGAAAACAUUAAAUUAUUCGAUUGAAAUUUAUGGUACCUUAUAGCUAUCUGGGAAUGGUUCUUAUCUGGUUAACAAGUUACUGAAAUGUUACUCCUAAAAAUAAUAGGAAGUCUUUCCCAGUUUUGUGAUUCUGAUGCAUAGACCUAUACAGUAUGAGCAGUUAAAUCUCUCUAUACCCCUUUGGAUAUUUUCAUCAGCUUUUGACUGCAUGCUUUAAAAUGGCAGACAAAGCUGACUUCACUGGUAACAUGCUGAUUUACCCCAUCUGCAUUGUUAAUCAUAGCCAUGCCUCUGACAGUCUUUGUUCUAGUAAGUUUGAUUUUACAAAGCAAUAGAAAAAUUACAUAGAGAAAAGCAACCAGAUUUUAUAACACUAUAAACAAAUGUAUCAGGCUUAUGUCCAUUUAAAUGAUUUCACAUUUUUAGAGUCACAUUUUAAACAUUUACAUAAAAACAAAUGGAUUACUAAUUAGUUUACUUAUAUAUUUUAAAAUGCCACUUGUGAUGCUUCAUCUUCUAAUAUUUUGGUAUGAAACAGAAUAAUUCCAGUAGUUGUCAUGUCAUUAAACAUCAUUUAAUAAUAUGGAGAGAAAACAGUUGGUAACUAGCAGUUUCAUUUGAGAACUACAGUAAGUUGUCUGAACUACCUCUGAUUACGGAAAAUAAUAAACUUCAUGAUGUCUAAAACAGA